ACCCAACCCAACCCUAACUUCUCUCUCUCUCUCUCUCUCCCUCUUUCAGAUACAAAAUAGGUCCCUCCCUCUUCUUUCCCUCCCUCUCUCUCUCUCUCUACAAUCUCUGCUUUGCUUUGUAUUGUGAGUGUCCCUUUUCCCCAUGAAACCUUAACCUUAGAUAGCCAGACACAGAUACAGUCAUACAAUAGUAACUAAAGAUUCAGAUUCACAUUCAAAACAAAUUAGGAUUUCAUCAAAUCAAAUGGGCAAGUACAUGAAGAAAUCUAAAAUCACAGCUGACGUAGCAGUCAUGGAGCUCUCACUCUCUCAUUCUCAAUCCACCACCUUAGGUGUUCGUACAAGAGCUAAAACCCUAGCCCUUCAGCGUCUUCAUUCUUCUUCUUCUUCUCCUACCAGUACCAACCCAGAUUCUUCAUCCUUCUCCUACCUUCAGCUUAGGAGCCGCCGCCUUGAAAAGCAUCCUCCGCCUUUGCUUAACGGAACUAAGAAACCUGAAAUACCUCAACAACUCGCCUCUAACAAGAAAUUGCCUAAGGGGAGUUCUAGGUUGAGUAAGGUGAAAGCGGUUGCCGGUGAUUUUGAGAAGGUGGAGGAAGGAGAAGGGUGUUUUGAUAAGAAAUGUGAAGCAGAGGAUUUGGGUAUUGAGGCUUCUUUUGGAGAGAACUAUUUGGAGUUUGAAUCCAGAGAAAGGAGCACUAGAGAAAGCACACCAUGCAGCUUGAUAAGAGACUCAGAUGCGAUUGGAACCCCAGGUUCCACCACAAGACAAGGAAGUUCUACCGCAACUAACCGUAGGGCUAGGAAUGACAUCGAGAGAAAUAUCCCGACAACACAUGAAAUGGAUGAAUUUUUUGCAUGUGCAGAACAGAAGCAACAGAGACUAUUUAGUGAAAAGUACAACUUUGAUGUUGUCAAUGAUUUGCCCUUGCCUGGACGCUAUGAAUGGGUCCAAGUGAUUCCUUAAGCAGUUAUCUUAUCACUAGGACUUCCAUCCCCUCAAACUCCUUCAGUACUUCUUUGAUUUCAUGCUAAAGGGUUUUUCAAUGAGGUGCUGAUUGUAAAAAGAAUUGAAGACGCGGAAGAUGCGUAAAUCAAAUAUCUGAAUGUAUGGCUAAUGAAUUAUAAAUUAGCCAGAUAACAAAUAAAAAAUAAUUGGUUAAGUGGAAAGGCAAAAGAAUCAUUGAAGAGGAGAGCUUUGGGGGGAGAACAUAUAACUUAGGGUUUAGAUGUUUCAUUAUUGUAAUUUUUAGGAGGUAUAUCUAGUUGCUAGAUUUUCUUUUCUUCUCUCUUUUUCACUAUGAGUUUUACUUUUGUCUAUACUUAGGGACGAACCAUGAAUGUUCUUUUUGGUAAUAAAUGUAACUCAUUUUAUGUGCUUGUAUUUUC